GUCAUAGCUGCGCAGAUAUUUCUUACAUUUCUCGGCUUUUCCUUUGACGGCCAUGACGACUGAGACUUUGAAGAUCAGCGAUGGCACCAUCAUGGAGAUCACCAGGGUCCCUGACAUUGACGACGAGACUUGGGGUGAGGUGAAGAAAUACGUUGAGAGCAAUCCGGACACCGCCAAGGCCCUCCAAGGCUUUGCCAAGAACCCAGAAGCCAUGCGAGGUUGGCUCCAGACCCAAGCCAUUGCGGAGCACUACAAUGCCAAGAUGUCCAGUGGUGAUGCACCGGUUCAAGAUAGAAUGAAGUCAUUGGAGUCUGACCCCGAGUUGGGCCCCAUUUUUGAGGACAUCAAGAAGAAUGGCUUGGAGGCUGCCAUGAAGUAUUACCAGGAUGAGGAGCUGAUGCUGAAGGUGAGUCAAAAGAUGGGUGGUUUGCCCACUGAGCUCUCCCCAGUUCUGCAGAAGAUUGAAGACACCCCCAUGACUUUGCAUGAAGCUGCCAAGAGGGGCGAUCUCACUGCGGUGAAGAGCUUUUUGGAUAAGAAAAAACCACUGGAUAGUCACGACCACAAGGGCAUCACCGCCUUGGGCUAUGCCAUUGGUGCCAACCGCAUUGCUGUGGUGAAGCUCCUGCUGGACAGCCGGGCCAACCCCUAUGCCGUGGACAGCUCGGGCAACAGCGGGCUGCACUAUGCGGCGGGAUAUGGUCGCAAGGAGCUCCUGGAAUACCUGCUGAAGGUUGGUGCAAAUGUGAACCAACCCAACGCUCAGGGUCUCACGCCUCUGGCCGCCGCUACCCAGAAUCAGCAGGAAGCUACGAUUCAAGUCCUCAAAGCGCAUGGUGCGCAGUAAAUCCUCAGGGGUCGCUGUGCGCUGAACUGUUUUUUGACGUCUGAGUCAUGUUUAAAGCUUCAGCUCAAUGAAGAGCUGGCUGGCCAAAUAUGUGGUCAGGCCUGCAAGAAGGGUAGAAAUCAAUCCCUACUUCGCAUUAGCCGCAGUGAAGACUGAAA